UUACUUGCCCUUUAAUGUCCUGCUGUUGACCCACUGCUGUCCGCUCCUCUCUCUCUCUCUCUCCCUCCCUCUCCCUCCCUCCCCGCUCCAAUCCAAGACCACACAGAUCAGAGAGAAGCCACAGCUCUUUCCUUUCUCUUCACUUCGUUCGUCUCACCGGGUCAGAGUCUAGUUUUGGCCUUUGAGUGAGGUUCAUGAUGAUCGUUGAGGAGCUUGAUUAGGGAGAGACCCGGCAGCAGAUCAAGAGUCUCUGACAGGUGCGCGAUCGGGUGUCCCCUCUGCCGACGACCCACAUGAGAAUUUUGCAUGCAUCGGAGCUGCCUUAGGUUGCUAUUGCAGCUCGAUAAUUGAAUACCGGGAAAUGGAGAGUUAUGCAGUUGAUCAUGUUGUAGAGUCAGAGAGGGUUCCUGAACAAGUUAGCGUCUCCCCUAGUCAACAUGCUCCCUGCAAAUUGGCAAACGCAGUUAAAGUUUUAACCCGGCUUGACUUGGACUUGACCAAUUCUUCGGACAAGUUAUCAAACCUGCAUGUUCUCCUGAUGCACCUAUUGGCAUUGGAUAUUGAUCUAGACCCGACCUUGGAGGGCGAUAGCAAAUACUUCUCUACAGAGUUUGUUGGGAAAACCUUGGAACUUGAGUAUUUGUCUUUUUAUCUAGAUGCUGAGGUAAGAGAGGUGGCCCAUUUCUUGGAUAAUUUACCAGCGGAAAUUGUUGAUGCCCAUAGUAAAAUAUCUUCAUGCAGAGACGUCACAGAAGUGUAUGUUCUUUUGGAAGAGAAGUUACAUAACUGUGAAGAGUCUCUGAAGCAUUCUCAGGACCAAAUCUCUGAGGUUAAUCUGCAUUUAACCAAGUUGCUGGGGGACUUGGAAGCUGUUCGAUAUGAGAACCGAGAAAAGGAGAAGGAUAAGGAUUUAUCAGAAGAUAAUCAAUUGUCAAACAUCGAUUUGAAACACAAAAUGAGGAGAGGUCGAUUACCUAGAUAUGUUUUGAGAAUGCUCGAGAAAUCUCUGGCGAGAGAGGUUGCUCUUGAGAAGAAACUAUCGGGGUCGAGACGAAGCGAGGAGGAUCUGAAGCGAAAGCUUCACUACACUGAACAGGUUACUUUUCACAUGGAAGAAGCGGCUGAAGUAGUCUGGGGGAGAUUUCUCGAGGCAGAAAAUGCUUCUGAAGUCCUUAUGGGCAUCUCAAAGGAUUUAUUGGGUCAGCAUCAGAUAGUUCAAUUCAACCUCAACAGCUUACUCCAACAUGAAGCUAAUUUGAGAUCCCAGCUCGAAGUCUGUCUUGAACAGCUAAGUCACAAAGAUAUUGCUAUACAGAAGCUUGAGAGUAUCAGCAUGGAUUAUCAAGCCAAAAGCUCUGAGGUUCUCUCUCUGAGGGAGAGGCUACGGAAGCUGGAGGAACUUCUUGCAGAGUUGCAUCAUGAGCUUGAGAAUGCUAAUGGAUCGUGUGAAGAGUAUGAGCAGCAACUACACGAGAUGGAGAGUUUCAUGGAGUCGCUUAAGGAAAGCACUGAGGCAGCAGAAAGUAGGGCGGAUGCAGCAGAAGUCAAGGUUACCCAAUUGACUGACACAAAUGUUGAGUUAGCUGAGGAAGUGAACUUUCUCAAGGGCAGCGUGGCAAGCAAGACGGAGAAGGUGAGCAUGCUGGAGAAGCAAGUACGGGACCUCGAGAUACAAUUGCAGAAUAUGAAAGCAUCUUCUGAAGUUGGCCAGGAGCAGCAGAACAUGCUGUACACCGCGAUAUGGGACAUGGAGAAGUUAAUCGAGGAUCUAAAAUCAAAGGUCUUAAAGGCAGAGACCAAGAACGAUACAGUGGAGGAGCAGUGUGUUAUGCUCUCGGAGGCUAACUCUGAACUUGAUGAGGAGGUAAGCCUCCUGAGGGCUAAGAUCGAGAAGCUAGAGACUUGUUUGGAGGAGGCUAAUGAUUCUAAAAGUGACCGUGCAAAGGAAAUUAAUUUGAGGGUCAAGGUUGUCAUGGAUAUGGUGAUGCAACUCGCCUUUGAGCGGGAGCGCAUUCAGAAGCAGCUCUGUUCCUUGGCAAAGGAGAAAAUGUAUUUGGUGGAGAAAUUACGGGAAGCGAAAGGCUAUUCUAUGGUGGUGAUGUCCAGUAAUGGUGACCUUGAAGGGAAAGAGCGUUCAUUUAGUUAUAGGGAUCCAAGCGAUGGCACUAUAUCGGAAGAGACCAUGUCCCCACCAUCUACAAGAGCUGUCCAGGCAGGUGGACGACCGUCCCUUGAAUGAUCCACCUCCUCCUGGCCUUGAACAAGAGCCUUUCACCUCACCAGCAACCAGUCAAGCCAGCAACGUCAAGGCAAGACGCACUAUCCUGUUGUACAUUUCCAUGGCAUUCUUCAUGGCCUUAACCUCAGUUUUGGCCGCAUAUAUGUAUAAGGAAAGUAUUCUGUCCAGCUUCAUGAGUCUAUAUUGAUGAUUCCUUUUUUCCUUUUUUGAGGGUUAUUAGUUUGUCCUUCCACGAGAAAUACCUAAAGGCACCCCGUGCAUAUUUAUUGUAUAUUUGUUUGUAUCAUUGUUCAUUGAUUGAUUGAUAAAUAAAAUAUUUGUCAGCGGCGAGUUUGUUCCAUA